UCCGAGACUACUAUAUGGCGUCCUCCUUACUGUAAACGUCAAAUCUUUCGAGACCAAAAACAACAAAUCUUGCUAUUUUGUUUCAGGGAUAUAUGAAAUGCAUUUUAGACAGCUUCUGUAAAACAUGAAGUAUUUGUUCGUUUACCACAUAUGUUACAGUGUCUGUGGAACACUGUUAACUUAUGCAUUCAACCCCUUCAUGGAUCAGGAUCUUCAUUCAAUUGAUUGGGUUGGAUCUAGCGAACUCGAUAAAGUAGUGCCAGGAGACAAUGUAAUUGUGAUGAAAACAGUGUCUAAUGAAAAGUACACGUGUGUUUUACCAGAGAAUCCGGAUUCAAGAGAUGAGGAAUUGAGAAGAAAGUAUGAAGGGCCUAGCCCAGAUGCAUUGAUGGACAAAUUGUUCCAACAAAACUCCUGUUCAUAUCGGAUUGAGAGCUACUGGACAUAUGAGCUAUGCCAUGGGAGGUAUUUAAGACAGUAUCAUGAAGAGAAAGAAAUGAGUGCUAAAAAGCCAAAAGGACAAGAAUAUUAUCUUGGCUAUUUUGGACAAUAUAAGCCUACAAAAGGACAAGAUUUAAUGAAGGAGUUGGAGGAAAAAUUGAAACCUCAGGAAAUCAAAAGUAAACGGAUAGAUGAUAUUGAGUUGCCCUACUAUGAAGUAAACAUGACCCAAGGAACAGAGUGUGACCUGAAUAAGCAACCCCGACAAGUCCGAAUUCUGUACAUCUGUCAGCCUGACGGGCGUGGGGAAAUAUACGAGCUGAAAGAAACGUCAACCUGUGAAUAUGAAGUGUUGGUGCUAACAUCUGUAUUGUGUGAAAAUCCAAAGUUCAAACCAAAGAAUCCUCCUGUCUCUAAAAUAGCUUGUCAUGCUAUGGAUGGCUCACCUGCUCGGCCGAGGGAUCUAGACAGUGACUUCCAAAAACACCCUUAUGCCAAAUCUUACACUGUAAAAAUAAAUCUAAAUGAGGACAUUGCAGAAGAAGAAGAGGAAGAAGAAGAAGAGGAGGAGGAGGCCGUUCCAAAAAUCCCGCCCACAAGGAAAGAGCCUCCUCCUCCAAAACCAGUGGACACCACCCUGUCUUCCACUACAGACAACCAGGUGCUAAGGGACUUCUUGUCAGGGGACCACUGUCUGCAAGGAGGAACAGGUUGGUGGAAACAUGAGUUUUGUUUUGGAAAGUAUGCAAGACAGUUUCAUGAUGAUCCAGAGGGGAGAACAGUUAUUUACCUUGGACAAUGGAAUGAGAAGAAACAUUUAGAAUGGGUGUCAAAAAAUCCUUCAAAGAUGCCUAAAGAAAAAGGCAAAAGGAAAUCCCUGUCUUUUCUGUAUACUGAUGGUGACCAGUGUGAGCUCACAGGGAAAACACGAAUAGCAGAAGUUAGAUUAAAAUGUGUAGAAAAUAAUGCAUCACCACAUUCUGUAUCUAUAUAUCUCAUUGAGCCUAAAACAUGUGAAUACAUCAUGGGAAUCGAGUCGCCAUUAUUUUGUUCAAUUUUAGACAGAGCUGAUGAAUAUGGUAUUAUAAAGGACACAAAAGUUUGAUAAGAACUUUGGAAAGAAAUGAAAUCCAGGAAGUCUUUCAUGUGAUACAUGUGACUGUGUGUUUGUGUGUAAAUGGUGGGUUGUCAUGAUUGCGGACUAUUUGUUUUAUCCAACACACUUAAUGUUUCGAAGCUUCUGAGUAACGGUACUCUCUUUACAUGGUUUAUAGCUUUUAUGAUCGUGGGCGUAAACGAAUGCUGUAAUAUUUAGAUGUGUUUAGUUGUAUGCAGCUUUCCUGUCAAUACAGUCAUUUGCAAUGGACAAACAGAGGGUCGGUCAUAUUUUUACCUCUUUCAUUGCAAGUCAUAGCAAAGACAAAUGAGCAUAUAGAAGCAAGGUUGGUCACACUUGAUCGCUUUACUUUAAAAUGUCUAGUUCAUUAAAGUAUCGGUAUACUGUAAGUUUUAUUUGUAGUCAAUGUACAAAAAGACGGGGAAUUUAAUUUGAUGGUAAAUAAGAUAUUCUGUUUCUUGUUGACUGUUCAGAUUUUAUGUUGAUUUGUGUUUAAUAUUUUAUUUUCCUGUACACAAAUAUUAUUUACUCUCGUCAGUUUUGAUAUUGGAACUAUGCAAAGAUUUUAUAUGUUGAUGGUGCAAUUUUAUUGUUGUCAAGUAUGCAGAGGAUGUUCAUAUACCGUACAUGAAUCAGAAUUACUUAUUAAAAAGUUUUAAAACAAGAAAACUAAUGAACUUGUGCAGGUAACAUAAUCAUUAUCUUGUCUAAAUUUGAAAUUCAUAAAGCGUUUUUCUUCAAAUAUUUUAUACAGAUUAACUCUCUCAGUAAUAAUAAUUGUUGGCUAUUCAUGUACAUGCACAUACACCUCUACAUACAUUUUCUUGAUUACAGUUUAAUUUGUUGAAUAUCCAAAAUAAAGAUUCACUAAACAUA